UCGUGGAUUAAUCUGAAGAUGUGUUUCCUAAUUUAUGCUCUGUUGAUGAUCAGACAAGGAUGUUGCACAGGUGAUUAUAUAUUUGGGACAAAGACCGUUUCUGUUGGACAAAAUGUGACCUUGACGUGCCCUCGUGACAGGACUCUUUCGCAGCUAGAACCUUUCUAUUGGAUGAGAAUUGUUUCUGGAAACCGGCCUGAACUCUUGGGAGCAACAUUUGCCUUUGAUGGUGACAGCACUAGUAAAACUCCUGACAUCACUGCAAAACAAGAGAAACAAACUUUUAUUCUACAUAUCAAGGAAACUAAACUGAGUGAUACUGGUUUUUACUUUUGUAUUAAAGUCUAUGCCUUGAACCUGAUGUUUUUGAAGGGAGAAUUUCUGAGGAUUAAAGGACCAGAACCAGAUACAAUUGCUGUUUCUCAAGUGUCUCAAUCGGAUCCAGUUCAUCCAGGAGAACAAAUAACUCUGAAUUGUUCAGUCUUUUCUGACUCUGAGAAGAAAACAUGUCCAUCAAAUGUGUACUGGUUCAGAGCUGGAUCAGAUGAGUCUCAUCCUAGUUUGAUUUAUGCUCAUAAAAACAGUUCUGGUGAAUGUAACAGUAGUCCUGAGACUCGCUCUGCUCAGAAAUGUGACUACAGCUUCUCCAAGACCGUCAGCUCCACUGAUGCUGGGACUUACUACUGUGCUGUGGCCUCAUGUGGACACAUAUUAUUUGGAAACGGCGCUAAACUGGAAAUCAAAGACAUGUGGGAUUUACAAACGGCCAAUGUGAUUCUCUGUCUGCUUUGUGCUGCUUUGACAACAAGUCUUGUUGUAAUAACUUUCCUCGUUUACACCAUCAAGAAGAAAAGCUGCAGUUGUUUCAAUGAUCCUGUAACGACCCGUGGUGAUCGGCAAAUUCAAGAGAGGAACGAGGACUCCUUGGUUUAUUCAGAAACGGCUUUCUCCAAGCGGAAAGAUGGCAGAGCCGAGAGAAGACAUGUACAAAGACCACAGGAGAUAAUCUACAGCCAUGUUAGAGUUUAAUAUAUUCAUUUAUUUUUCUUGUGACAAAAUGUGAAAAAAAAGUAUUCGAGCACAACUGAGGCUUGUCCAUCUCACCUCUGGAAGUUACAGCUUUACGGCAUUCAAACUACUGAAUGCAUGACGUUAAAAGUAUACUAUAUUGUGGUACUUUUUUUAAUUUCUAUUCUUAAAAUUGUUUUAUAUAUAAAAAAGGUGAUCGCAGAAAUAUUUAAAUUCAUUGCUUUUAAUCUUUCAAAGCCUUUUAGAGUUGCGAUUAAUUUAUUGUGUUAGCAACAUUUAGUUUAGUGCUUUUCAGAAUUAGUAUAUUUUUGAGUGUAUUUAGUUCUACAGGUUUUAUCUUCUUUGUACUAAGUCAAUUUGCAACGGUUAUACUGUUAAAUUUAGUACAUGUGCUAUUUCUUCCCAUGAAUGACUAAUAUGUAUAAAUAAAAGCCAAAUUAACAAUGAAACAAGACAUAAAUAAAAACAGUUUACUCAA